CAGUCAGUGCUCAGAGUGCGGCGAGUUGAAUUAUAUAAAAAUCCCGUGUGCGCGGAAUUCUUCUCACACAGAGGAAUUAUGCUCGACUUCCCGCGAAUAUGAGUUAUGAAAUGUUAGUUACAUUUUCGUCAUGAAACUACUUCGCAAAAGCUGUACCCAGCCAAAGUGCUGACACGCAGAGAAGCCAGAGCAAAUAUACUUUGUGGAUUGAUUAGAAGGAGAUUGAAAGUGAGAGUAAUAUAUAGGAAAAUGGAUGGAACAAUCUUUGCGAAUCGCCUUCGGAGUGCAGACACUCUCAUUUACGAAAUUGAAACCACACUUGGUCUGGAUGCUGUCAACUCAACAGCUGCUCCAUCAGUGUCAACCACACUCCGUCUCUACGACAUCUUUAUCCCCCUUCUUGGUGUCUUCAUAAUUCUGCUCAACUUGGCUGUGGUUAUUUCCAGUGGAUUGAUCCUCAAAAGAGGUCAGCAGCCAAGAAGUACCUACAUGUUCCUGGGGAAUGUGGCUCUCUCGGAUUUAGUGACCGGCAUUGCUGUACUCUUUGGCAAUUUCUAUCCGAACCAGUAUCGGGAUGAGCAUUCAUGUGCCAUUCAAAUUGGGAUGAUUGUCUCUUCAACGGUAACCUCCGUUUACAGCGUGGGCUUAAUUGCAAUCGAUCGAUUCCUUUACAUUUUGUACGGUCUACAGUAUCAACGAUGGAUUUAUCCAAAUAGAGCGCGAAUCCUCAUAUUGUUUACAUGGAUUCUCGGUUUGAUAAUCGGAUUCCUACCGGCCAUGGGUUGGCGCGGAGACACAGACAACGGACGUGUGUGCUGGUUUAUUGUCCUGGCGCCACCGGAAUUGGUGCUUCUCACUACAAUCCUUGGUCUUCUACCCAUCCUCCUCGUGGUUGUGCUGUACGGUAUUAUCCUCUAUCACGCUCUCCGGCGUGUGAUUGAACUGAAGAAGGCCACACAGGGGGUGCAGCACGGGGAGCUCCGGAUGCACGUGGGCGCCUCCACCCAGACCCUCAACGAUGAAACUGUUGCACCCGGUGUGGCGACCACGUCCGACACAGAAGAGCCUCUGCAGCCACGUAGGAGGUUCUUCAGAUUCCUAUCGCGGCGAAGGACCAAUGGGAGGGAGAAUGUUCGGCAGGCAACCGGAAAAUCGCCAAGCAAAUGGAAGGCAAUUAAAGUUGUGCUAUUUACAACGGGAAGCUUUGUCUUCACCUGGGUACCCUACUUCAUAGCAUCUACAAUGUACGUGAAUUGCGAUCCACAGGCAACACCGGAAUUCUGCACGAGUCUCCGCAUUGCCAUCGCCAGCCCAUUGGCAAUUCUCGGCUUUGCCAAUAGUCUCCUCAAUCCCAUUAUCUAUGCGUGGUGGCACAAUGGAUUUCGGGAAACAAUGAAGAAAAUCUGCUGCGGUCGAUGCCGCAAGAUAUCUGAGGAGCAAAGUAGCUCACAGAGAAGUCCCCCAGCUACAAAUGCCGUAACAGGGCCAUCAUCCACGAGUCAGUCGGCUGCCAGCCCAACGAGUGGGAGUGACACGGAUGUGCCUCAGCAAUCUGACAAUUCUGACAUUGAGAGCUCUCCACGUGCACAAAUCAACCCCAUGACCAACACAAGAUCAUCGGCACCUUCGACAUUUGUGGUUGCUCAACCCUCAGGGGUGAGCUUGGGCGUGAGCAAUCGAAGCAGAAAAUAUAGUUCCUGAAUUUUUCUCCUCUGUCAAUGCAUUCACGGAAAUGCUUCACUAAGCAUAAAUGUCGAAAGGUAUGAAAGAUGAGGAAGAAAUAACUCUUUAGGUAUUUUUUUUUAAUAAAAAAAUUGUUAUAGAAGAAAAUCACGAAAGGAGCUCCUUUAAGGUGUACUGUACAAGUAUUACAAAGUAGAGGUAUAUAGAUAGUUUUUGAGGCUUCAUAGCAACGACAUUUUCUUUACAAGCAUCCUCAUAAUUCUCAAGACAUGAAAACUAUGAAGAGAAAAGAGGACACUUAAGGAGUACACCGUGGUGGUGGCUUAAAUCCAAAGAAAAUUCAAGUGCGCUGCCUCAGAGAUUUCCCAGAUUUCUUUCAAGCGAAAGUUUCUCGACCCAAAUAUACAAGCAAAUACAUAUUGUUAGUAUAUUGAGAGAAUUUAUUUGCUAAAAAUAUUUGAGGGCAAUGAAUUAAAAAAAUAUAGCAUAAAUUUUUUUUUAAAUGUCAUCAUGAAUAUUUUUACCAAUAUUUGCAGUCAUUUGCAGAUGAAUUCUUUCUCGCAAACCAUCCAUCCACCACAGAGAAUGACCCAUCAAAUUUCUGGGCACUUCCAUUAAAAUCCACUUUGACAUUUAUUUAUUAAAACAAACAUCCCCCUUUAUGAGCUCACACCCCCCGAAUGAAGCUUGGGUACAGCCCAUAUAUAAAUCCACAUUAAACAUUUUAUACAUAAAGUAUAUAUAACUCUAUACGUGAUUAAUAUUUAAAAAUGUCAUGCAAUAUGUGCUUUAGAUGGCAUUCGAUUUAGCUCUUUGGACAGUUUUUCAAAUCCCAAUUUAUCCACAUUUUCCCGAAGUACCACCCCUUCAUACUCUUCGCACACCAAAUCAUGCAAUUAUUGACUAUCAGAUCAGUUUAUUUUUUAUGAUAUAAAAUGACUAUAAAUAAAAUAUGAGGGAAAUUUCAAAAAAGAGAUCUAAAAGCUGAAUAUUUAGGUAUUAUUAUCCAAAUCCAAAAGAUAAAUACAUAAAAAAGCAAAAUACAAUUUUGAUUUUUUGUUGACUUAUUGGAUAAAUUGAACAAUGUUAUUUGCAUACUCAAAAAUAUUCAUUCCCUUUCACUGUGUAAGUGUUAAAUUCCAUUAAAAUAAAAUUAAACUAUGUAUUUGAUAUUUUAUUGGUGUUUCUUUUUGUUUAUUGUGCUUUUAUUGUAUUUGUAUUUUAUUAAAAAAAAACCGAAAUAAUUAUUAUUCACAUUAAUUUUAAAUUGAGGAAGUGUUAUUAUGGUGUAUUCGCGUUAUUACUGUUCCUACAUAUGUAGGUUUACAUGCGUGUAUGUAGAGUAAACUCAUUAUGGAUGAACAUUUUCAAUGUUUGCAUUUUUUCUGGCGAAUAUUCUGUUUUCGAGUUAUUUUUUUUAUUCCAAUUAAUUUGCUAAAUUUGCUUUUUAUAAAUAUAAUGAAAAAAAUUUUUUAAUGUGAUUUUAAAAUAAAUGAAUUCGUAUUUGAAAUGCUAGUAGUUAGAUACAAAGGUACUAUAAUAAUAUGAUGAUAAAAAAAUUAAAUCAGAAGCUUUUAUAAUGAUUAUUUAAAUACACAAACUAAUUGUAAGCUCAAACAGCACAAACCAACUCAACCCAACUUAAUAGGCUAAAAUAAUGUUUUUCAGGAUUUUUAUAUUUUAUAUUUAGGUUCAGACGAGCAAAAAAAUGAAUUUAAUAUAAUUUUUAUUUAAUAAUUUAAUUGAAUUAUCCAUGCUUUGCUGUGUAUGCUAUGUAUGUACGCUAUAUAUAUGCUUUAUAUGUAUGUACGUACAAAAUUACAUAAUUUAAAAAAAAAAGUAUGUGCCAAAUAAAAUUGCCAAAAAGAUACAUUGAAUGAAAUAAACAAAA